AAUUCAUUCAGAUUCUCUGUAUCUUUAAUGAUUUUUCUAAAUCUAUGUUUGUACGACUCUCUACCCACAGACCAGAGAUAAAAUCUAAAAUCUCAGCCUCUCGCAAGCUCAUGCUGAAGAGCCUGAUGGUAGCCAAGGCUAAGGAGGAUCUGGAACAAGAGAUGGUAGAAAAAGAGGAGCAAAAGGCAAAAUACCUGGAAGAAAAAGCUCCUCCAAUACAAACCCUCGGCAUGUCCUUAGAGCAGCUACAGACACUAUGUGAAGAGCUGCAUGCCAAGAUAGACGUGGUGGACGAGGAGUGCUAUGAUAUUGAAGCCAAAGUUUUGCACAACACCCGAGAGAUCAAAGACCUAAACAUCAAGGUGCUGGACCUGCGAGGAAAGUUUAAGAGACCCAGCUUGAGGAGAGUGAGGGUUUCUGCUGACGCCAUCCUGUGCUCUCUGCUGGGCUCCAAGCACAAGGUUUCUAUGGACCUGCGAGCUAAUCUCAAAUCAGUCAAGAAGGAGGAUACAGAGAAGGAGAAGACAGUGGAGGUGAGUGACUGGAGGAAGAAUGUGGAAGCCAUGUCAGGCAUGGAGGGUCGCAAGAAGAUGUUUGAUGCAGCAAAGGGCCCCAACCAGUGAAUGAAACAGCUGUCAAAUGCCACUGUUUGCCAUCCAUAGAGAACAGAGCACAUGACACACACACACACACACACACACACACCCCCACACCCAAAGACUUCAGAAGUCACACUCAGCAGAAUGGCUUGGCAUCUCAUAUUCAGCAUCUCUCCCCUGUAGCACAUAGAUAUUCUGUUUUCUUUCAUUUUCACUUAAAUAAACACAACAAAUGGAGACUCCAUUUUU